CUGUGCGCUGCCUGGAGGCGGAAGAGCCUCGGUGGAAAAAAGUUCUCAUGUUGUUUUGAUGCCAGAGUGAAAAGUUACGUUUCAGUCGUUUGUGGACUCGCAGGAGAUCGAGUUGGAGCAGUUUGAAGACUUUAAAGGGACCAGUAACUCUGCAGAAUGGGCCGUGAACCACGAGCAGUGCAGAUCGUCACAGUGUCUAAGGAUGACCACUCCUUUGCCCUGGACACCGAGGCUUUGUCUCAGAUCCUGCUGGCUCCAGAGGUCCGCGACAAACAUGUCGUGGUCCUCUCAGUGGCGGGAGCCUUCAGGAAAGGAAAGAGCUUCCUGCUGGAUUUCAUGAUCCGCUACAUGUACAGAAAGGGUGACGAGAACUGGCUGGGCGAAGACGACGAGCCUCUGACUGGCUUUUCUUGGAGAGGAGGUUCCGAACCUGAGACGACUGGCAUCCAGCUGUGGAGUGACGUUUUCCUCGUCACGAGGAGUGACGGAACAGAGGUGGCCGUGUUGUUGAUGGACACUCAGGGAGCGUUCGAUGACCAGUCCACCGUAAAGGACUGCGCCACCAUCUUUGCCCUCAGCACCAUGACCAGCUCAGUACAGAUCUACAAUCUCUCGCAGAAUAUUCAGGAGGACGACUUGCAGCAGCUACAGCUGUUCACAGAGUACGGUCGUCUCGCUAUGGAUGAGAUCUUUCUGAAGCCCUUUCAGUCUUUGAUGUUUUUAAUCAGGGACUGGAGCUUCCCUUAUGAAUACAAAUACGGCUUCAAAGGUGGUGAGGAAUUUCUGGAUAAGCGUUUGCAGGUUACCGACUCCCAACACGAAGAGCUGCAAACAGUGAGGGAGCACAUUCACUCGUGCUUCACUGACAUCUCCUGCUUCUUGCUGCCCCACCCCGGGCUGAAGGUCGCCACCAGCCCUGCUUUUGAGGGCCAGCUUUGUGAUGUGGCCCCAGAGUUCAAAGCCCAGCUGAAGAGUCUCAUUCCUGAACUGCUGCAUCCAGACCGGGUGGCUGCAAAGGAAAUUAAUGGGAACAAAGUCACCUGCCGGGGCCUGCUGGAGUUCUUCAAGGCUUACAUCAAGAUUUACCAGGGAGAGGAUUUGCCUGAGCCAAAGACGAUGCUCAUGGCUACAGCAGAGGCUAAUAACCUGGCAGCUGUGGCCAGUGCCAAAGACCAGUAUUACAAGAACAUGGAGAAGGUGUGUGGGGGGGAUCUGCCCUAUGUGGCCCCUGAAUCUCUGGAGGAAAAAAGCAACUUCUUUGUCAAAGAGGCUCUCCACGCUUUUUCAUCCACGAAGAAGAUGGGAGGACAAGAGUUCUGUGACCGUUACCAGUCAGAGCUGGAGAAGGAGCUGGAAGAAAUGUGGCAGUCCUACAGCAAGCACAACGAGUCCAAAAACCUCUUCAGCGCCUUCCGGACUCCCGCCGUGCUCUUCGUCCUCGUCUGCCUCCUCUACAUUCUGUCUGGCGUGUUUCUCUUCGUGGGCCUGUCGACCUUCGCCCUGGUGUGCGACUGCACUCUGGGUGUGGUCAUGAUGGCCAUGCUGACGUGGGCCUUCAUCCGGUACUCUGGUCGAUACAGACAUGUGGGAGGCGCCAUUGACCAGGCUGCGGGCGUCGUACUGGAGCAGGCGACUGUUGCGUUGAACAAGUCAAGAGGGGCGAGCGCCAUUGAGCAGAAGAAAUCCAACUAGAUGAAGUCAUGUGGCGCUUCACAAUCUGGAUGCAACACAAAACCGCACACUACACAAGCACACAUUCAGCACUGAAGCCUUAUCAUGCCACCCAUUGGAACAAACCUGCAGCUCAAACACAAUGGUACAAGGUAAACCGCGUGAGGCCAAAUUCACCAGCAUCUCUGUCUCUAUAUGCACAUUUUCAGCCGGUGACUCUCCGGGCUGAAAUAAAGGUGACCUGAUUCAGAAAAGCAGGGACUGAAAGCCAUCUCAGUCCGUUUCGUUGUUACAUCUCAAAUUUAAACUGCCGCCGUUUUACGAGUUUACAAUUGGUCUUAACCGAGGAGUCAAUGUUUACCUUUAACCUGAAAGAAAGAUCUGGGUUUUUUUUUUAUGUUUCAGCUGGACGCAUCUUAGAUAUGUAUUUGAUCAGACCGAGGAAGUCAGGGUGCUUUUCAAUCAAACAGUUUCUGCAGCGUAGAAAUGCUUUUUAAACUUCUGGCUUUACAGCUUAUGCAUUUAUACAUAUUUCUGUGUGGCUAUAUUUUUUUACUUAUCAGCCUUACAGCAUUCCACUCAGUUUCUAUACUUGCUUUUUAUAUUAUAUAAAAAAAGCAUUUUGGGGAGGGUAAGUGUUGUUAUUCAGAGAGCAGAAGAGGAAAAAUGCACUUUCUAAAGAUUUUCCUACGCUGUUUCAAAAAUGCAUCCGUUUCAAAUGCUUUAUUGUUUAUUCCUUGAUGGAAAUAUGUUGCAUCUUGUAGAUCCUCUAACCACACAAGAAUGAAACAAAGACAGGGGAGAGACUAGAUAUUCUCCAAAGGUUUUAAAACGCCAACAUAUCAAAACUAACAUCCAGGGAACCAAAGAAUUAGCUUUAUAAUUCUUUCAUUCUCUCAAGAAUCUAACAUGAAACAUUCCUUAAAACUGUUUGUUUGCAGUUUGCUCAGGAGCUCAGAAUUUGAAAAAAAAAAAAAAAAAAAAAAGUUUAAACAGACCAAGAAAGAGAGGUUACAAAGUACAGGACAUGGAUG